UGAAAGUCUAACAAUUACAUCAAUAUAGCUCACUUCCAUACUGGAAAACCAGUCCUCUCCUGAUACGUGUACCUCUUUCUAUCUUUGUGAAUCAUUCACCAGAAAUCUCAGAUAACAUACCACUCUGAGUACUUGAACCAUGACCUCCAAAGUGGUAGUUGUGCUCGUAAUGUUAUACCUGUCAGGAUUUACCUGUGGGAUCCGACUUGAUGGCAAUGGGUACACAAAUAUUCUGAUAGCUAUCAACCCUGCUGUGACUGAAGAUCCUUUGCUCCUUGAACGAAUCAAGGAAAUGGUGUCUGACGCCUCCUUGUAUUUAUUUCAAGUGAUGAACAACAAAUUGUACUUCAAGGAUGUGACGAUAUUAGUACCCCCAAAGUGGACAGGAAAGUAUUCCAGAGCAAAUACUGAAACAUAUGAAAAGGCCAACAUCAUAAUAGAUGAGCCAACCAAAUUAAAUGGAAAUGAUCCUUACACUCUUCACUAUGGGGAAUGUGGGACUGAGGGUCGCUAUAUCCGUCUGACUCCUGAUUUCCUGAAACGUGAUGAAUUAAUUAAAUUCUAUGGACCCAGAGGUAGGGUCCUUGUACAUGAAUGGGCACAUCUAAGAUGGGGUGUUUAUGAUGAAUAUGAUGAGAGAAACCCCUUCUAUACAGACAAUGGAAAACUGGAGGCUACAAGAUGUACUAAGAAUAUGACCGGAGAGUGGCGAUCCAUCCCCAGUGGAGCCAUGUGCACACCGACCAAUAUCAACGGGAAGCCGUCCAACUGUUACUUCUUCCUGCAUAAAUCUCAAACGGCCAAAACAUCCGUUAUGUAUCUUCAGAGUAUUGACUCAGUAGUCGAAUUCUGCAAUAAAAAAAAUCACAACACUAAGGCUCCAAACAAUCAGAACAGGAAGUGUGGUGGCCGAAGUGUAGAGGAAGUUAUAUUUUCUUCCAGCGUGGACUCACAAAAUAUCCCUUCCAGUUCUUUACCAUCACCCAGUCCAGAACCCACAUUCUCAGUGGUGCAAAGACAACAAAGAGUAGUUUGUCUCGUUCUGGAUAUUUCAGGAAGCAUGGGGGGCCAGAGAAUUGUAAGACAACGUCAAGCAGCCUCACUUUUCUUGAAGCAAAUUAUUGAAGACCAAUCCUAUGCUGGGAUUGUCACCUUUCACUCAACUGCCUCAGUUCUAAAACCACUGACCCUGAUUGAUAAUUUGGAGACCAGAGAAAAGCUGGCUGAUUCACUGCCCACCAUCCCCACUGGUGGCACAGAAAUAUGUCAAGGUCUUUAUAAAGGACUAGAGGUUCUCAGAAUGAAUGGUGGGUUUUCAAAUGGAAAAGAAAUUAUUUUCUUAACUGAUGGAGAGUCUAAUAAUCCGAUAAAUUGUGUAAACAAUGCCAUCGCAAGUGGUGCUACAGUACACACAAUUAGUUUAGGACCCAAGGGAGAUCCACUUAUAGAAGAGAUGUCUGAAAAAACAGGCGGUAAAUUCUUCUAUGCAGGAGAUACUUUGAAUUCCAAUGAGCUUGUGGAUGUCUUUGCCUCACUAACAACUUAUGAUGGAGAUCCGACACAACAGACAAUCCAGCUUGAAAGCCUUGGAUUUACUGUGAGUGGGUCUGGCUUGUUCAGUGGGACUGUGUCCAUUGACAAGACAAUUGGCAACAACACAGCUUUUCUGAUACUCUAUGAACACAAUCCACCACCAACCAUCCUUGUAGAAAGCCCCUCUGGACAGAAAUAUAAUACGUUUAAACCUGAUCCUCAAGGAAAAUCUCUCACCCUGAAUAUUCCAGGAACAGCAGAGAAAGGAAAAUGGACGUACAACAUUACCAACAAGGCACUAGCACAGACUAUGUCAAUAACAGUGACCAGUCGUGCGGUCAGUGCAGAUGUGCCGCCUGUUACAGUGAAGACUCACAUGAACCAACUGUCCAGUAACGGUGCCAAACCCAUGGUGGUUUUUGCUGCGGUCAGCCAGAAUGGACUUCCUGUCGUACUGGCAGACGUGAGAGCUACUCUGGAGUCUGAUGCUGGAGACAAACAAGAGCUGGAUUUACUAGAUAAUGGAGCGGGUGCCGAUUCUUUCAGAAAUGAUGGCAUCUAUUCCAGAUACUUUACGCGAAUGAAAGGUGGGAAAUACAACUUGAAAGUGAGAGUACAGAACGGAUAUGGAAAAGCUAGAUUCUCCCUCAAGAGACACAGUGGUGCCAUGUACAUACCUGGAUAUGUGGUUGAUGGAAAGGUGGAGCUCAAUCCACCAAAGCCCUCUGUUGGUGAGGAGGACCUAGUGGCAGAUGUUGGCAACUUCAGCAGGACAGCCAUAGGUGAGAGCUUCACUGUGAAUCUGCCACCUGGUGUUCCUACUGCGACAAAAUUCCCCCCCAACACCAUCACAGACCUGAACGCAGAGUUGGUGAAGGACAUAGUGCUGCUCACCUGGACUGCACCUGGGGAAGACUUGGACCAGGGCACAGCGAGUGAAUACGAGAUCCGCUACAGUGAGGAUCCUGAUGUGCUCAGAUCCAACUUCAGCAACGCUCAUCCGAUCAACUCAUCUAACCUGCUACCAAGUGAAUCUGGAUCCUCAGAACAGCUGUCCUUCACUCCCACCAGUGGAACGAUGAGAAACGGCACCACUCUGUUCUUUGCAGUUAAAGCAGUUGACAAGGAUAUGCUUUCCUCUGAAACCUCCAACCUUGCUCAAGUGACCAAGGUCAUUGGGUACAUUGAAAACGGUGUUAACAUCAACGCAAUUGUCAUAUCCGUCACCAUUUUGACCAUAGUGGUUGGUUUGAUUGCAUGUGUAAUCGUGACUAAACUAAAACUUCAACAGAAGGCUGGAUGGUAAUGACUAAUAUUGUGCACUUUACAAUGAUUGAAAGUAACGAGCACUGUAUAGAAAACUUAGAAAAGAAAGACCAAUCAUCACAUAUUAUAAAAUAGGAAGAUUCUGUCUUGCAAGCUAAUAAGCCCUGGAAUAUUGAAAUUGAAAAUGGGAAACUUGUGAUUUCCAAUAUUUGUUGCUAUUUUGUAAAAAUGUAUGUUUAUUUUCUGAUUACACCACCAGUGUUCAUUCACAAAUAUUGAUUAAUUCCUGAACAGACUUCCAACACCUUUAGUUGGACCUUUCUUCUGGCAUUUCUUAGUCUCAUUUUAAGUGGAAUGAUGGUCACGCGUAUGUGCAUGCACUGUAAGGCUUGAGCCAUGCAUAAUGUUAAAAUGGCUCAGAUUAUACAACCUAAUGCUUUGAAACGAUUUCCAAUAGCUUUGCUACAUCCGCAAUGCAGCGCUUUUACACAGGCUAAUUCAAAAUGUGGGUAACCCUAACCCUAAACUUGGGGCGUGGCCACACUUGUGUGGUUUACAACAAGGCAUCCCAUUCCUCAACCAGGAUUUGUCGCAAGUCAGCCAACAUGUUUACAUUUACAUGUAGUCAUUUAGCAGACGCUCUUAUCCAGAGCGACUUACAGUAAGUACAGGGACAUUCCCCCCGAGGCAAGUAGGGUGAAGUGCCUUGCCCAAGGACACAACGUCAUUUGACACGGCUGGGAAUCAAACUGGCAACCUUCAGAUUACUAGCCCGAUUCCCUAACCGCUCAGCCACCUGACUCCUGAUGUUUGCGUUGGUCACUCUAGCACGUACAGCACGUCCAAGAUGAACCCACUUGAAGCUCAAAACGAGAUUGAAUACCAACAGAAGAAUAUUGCAGGGGAUUUUGGCAAAAAUAAUUUGGCCGCUACCCACACGGUUAGCUGUGUUACUCAUUCCAUGAAGGCACGAUCCUUACAAGUUGUACCUCGUUGUAAAGGUGACUAAUCAGGCUUUCCAAUGAUAUAACAUACAAUACCAAUUAUUACAAUCACUGAACCGUUUGGUAAACCUAUAUAUUUUCAUUUCAGCAAUAAACAGUAUAUUGAUUUUGAGAACUACAGAAAUAAAAUGUGUUUUUGUACAAACAUAUAAAUUAACCACACAUGAUGAAUACUCGUUAUUGCUACUUGAUUUCAGAUUGGGGUAACCACAAUUGGUCAUUAGAUAUACGUAAAAGUGGGGGCGUAAACACUGGCAAUUUCUUUCAACAUAGCAGGAUAGACAGCAAGGAAUAGGAAGAGCUCGUGGACAAGGGAUCCGUCAGAGAGGUGGGCAUGAGAGAGGUCAACAGAGAGGUCAGAGAGGUGGGCAUGGGCACCAACAG